GCAAAAUAUAAAAAUAGAUAUUUAUUAAAUUAAAUAAAUAGAUAUAGCAAGCAUAAAAUGGGAGGAGAUAAUAGCAAGAUUAUUGGUCAAUAAAGGAAAGAGUUAUCAGAUGGACUGAGAGUUCUAGAAAAUAAAAUGAAUGAUAGAUUUAAAACUUUCUCUUCCACACAAUAAAUUUUAGACCAAAUACUUAAAUCUUAAAGUGACUUAUCUAAAUAAAUGAAAUCAAUAGACAGCUAAAAUAAUGAAUUAAAAGUUGAAAUCUUAGGUGAGAUGUCUAGAAUAAGCAAUUAAUAAGAAAGUCUUAGCAAUAGUUGCAUAAAAGAUCAGUAAAUGGAAGUAGAAUUUUCUUCUAAAUUAGAUAUCCUAAAGGAAUCUAUUUCUAGAGAAUAAGAUAAUAAACUAGUUAAGAGUUUUGAAGGUCUUCAGUCGAAGUUGACUUUAGUAGAAAAAUAGCUAGACCUUAUUAAUAAUUCAUUCAACUAAAAAUGCACAAAUCUUGAAUAAUCUUUAUUAUCUUAAAUUAAAGAAAGCUAAGAGUUGUCAAAUAUCUAAACUACUAAAAUGGUUGAGGAGGUUGUUUCUACUCAAAUUGAAAAAAUUAUCAUCUCUCACUCUCAAAAAAUUUCAAAAGUUGAAGAAGACAUGGCUAACUAAAAAACUCGUAUCGAUAGUCUCGAAUCAUCUGUAAAAAAUAUUUAAGAAUCUAGUCAAUCUACCAAUAAGGCAAUUAUCAAAUCUAUAACUGAUUUAGAAUAGAAGUUUUCAUAAAUAUCAUAAAAAUUGGAAAGCUAAAAAGAUAAUUUGAUUUUAACUACUAAAGAUGAGAUAAAUUAACUUAAAAAAGAAGUUAACGAAUAUAAAACUUUAAUCUUACGUUUAGAGAAGUAGAUAGCAUCCUAAUAAUAACAAAAUCAAAAACUUAUAUCUUCUAAUACAAGUAAACCUAUCUAACAAGAUAUAUCAUAAGAUAUAGAAGAGGAAUCACCAGCAAAAAAAUUCAAGUAACCCUUAUCUAAAGAUCCUAUUGAUGCUCCAACUCCUAAAUCCAAGAAAGAAAAAGACUAAAUGGAUAUUUAGUAAGAUAUAACCACACCUAAAUAAAAAUAACAAGGCUAAUUUAAACAGCAGUUGGCUGAAUAAUCAUCUACACCUAAAGAAAAGAAAGAUAAAGUCUAAUAGUUCGAAAUUUAAGAAUUUAGCUAGAAAGCAAUCCAAAAGUAAAAUGAAAAGGAAUAAUCUUAAACACUCUAGAAAAGUUAGAUCAAACAAGAUAAAACUCCUUAAAAUAAUUCUGAAAUAAAAGUAGAUUAAACCCCAAAGUAAAGCAAUCAAUCUAAAACAGAAAUAACACCUAAGUCAUUUGCAUAAGAAUCAAAGUAAGCCCUGAAGAUAAUUAAAAAGGAGUAGCAAAUCUAAUUAAAAAAUGAUAAUGAUGAUUAUGGAUCAUCUAGCGAAGAUGAAGAAUCAAGUGAAAGUGAAAAUUUACCAAGUAAGAGUAAAAUUAUGUCUAAAUAAAAUCAAAAAAAGAAGGAAUAAAAAACUCCUUAAAGUGAUAAAGAUUUUAAUAAUUUGAAUAAAUUGAAAGAGAAUACUAAAAAUUUCAUAAAACAAGAGUAAAAUAACAACAAUAAAGGAGAAAAUACUCCUAAUUAAAAGAAAAACUUGAUUAAUAACUAAAAUAUCACAAAUAACUAAUAAAACUAAUAAUCUAACUUUAAUGGUAAAAAUAAAUAGAAUUUAAAAGAAUAAUAGCAAGAAUCAACUCCACAAAGCUAGCAGAAGGGUAAAAAAAACUUCAAAAAUUAAUAUUGA